UCGUAUAGCCUAAGUAAUCUAGGAGUUUUAUACAGGUUUGUUUUUUGUUUUUUUACAGGUUAUGCUGUUGAAAACACGAUAAGUCUAUCCCUCACAGCCUCUCUUUCAUACCUGUCAUGGGGCUGCUCUGAAUAAGAUCUAUAGUAGCCAGAGCGUCUUAUUUACGGACAUGACGGAAGCACGUACAGACUAGUGAUGCACUUCCCGCAAAAUCCGUCCCGACAGCUUUAAAAUAUGAUACAUGAGUCAAGUGGUACGCAGCUCGAGGCACACGCCAGAUGAUCAGGGGAGGAAUACAGGUCCCCCGGGACCCAGUCACGUGACCAACCCAUGCCACGUGACGUCAGCGGCAGAUGGCAUGGGUACCAGCUCUGGCAGUUGGCAUCAGUGUCAUUUCUCUUAGCGCGAGACAAGGAGAACAGUGGGGAGGUGAGAAAAACGCACGAGCUGUUCACCUGCUAAAACACCACGCGGAAAAAGUUCAAAAUAGGAAAUAUGAAAACUGACAUCUGACACCAUCAUAAUCCAGUAAGAGCACAAUGCUGACUCUUCCGUUUGAGGAUCCUGUCAUAAUGGACACUCAAUUCGGGGCAAACUUUCCACGGGACUGCGUGGGUGAAAUGAAGGUCAAUAAACAAGAGCCGUUUAAAAAGGAGGAGACGCUCUCCCACGCGAUGGAGGACGAGGAUUCGGAGAAAGAUGAGGACGAAAGGGAGGACGGACAGGACGAGAACGGUCUGCCUCGGAGGAGAGGGCCUCGGAAAAAGAAAAUGACCAAAGCUCGGGUGGACCGGGUCAAGAUGAGGCGCAUGGAGGCCAACGCCAGGGAGAGGAACCGAAUGCACGGUCUGAACAACGCCCUGGACAGCCUACGCAAGGUGGUGCCGUGCUACUCCAAAACCCAGAAACUAUCGAAAAUCGAAACCCUGCGGCUGGCCAAGAACUACAUCUGGGCACUUUCCGAGAUCCUGAGCACUGGGAAGAGGCCUGACCUCCUGACCUUCGUUCAGACCCUGUGCAAAGGGCUCUCGCAGCCCACCACCAACUUAGUGGCCGGUUGUCUGCAGCUGAACGCCAGGAACUUCAUCACGGAUCAGAUCAACAGCGAGGCGUCUUUCUCUGGUAGGUCACCGUACGACUCCGUGUACACGACCUACCACAGUCCGGGCGUGGUGACGCCCUCUGGACCCUCCGCAGAUGCCGUCAAACCCUUCAGGCCGUUCAACUACUGCAGCUCCUACGAGACUUUCUACGAAAGCGUCUCGCCGGAAUGCGGAAGCCCUCAGUUCGACGGUCCCAUAAGCCCUCCUAUUAACUUUAACGGGAUAUUUUCCCUCAAGCACGAAGAGCCGAUCGAAUACGGCAAGAGCUGCCACUACGGCACGCGCUAUUGCGCGGUCCCGCCGCGCUCCUCCAUCAGCCAGAGCGCGAGAGGCUCGUCGGAUCUUCAUUUCCCAUAUGACAUUCAUCUCCGCGGCCAGUUUUACCCCGUGCAAGACGAAUUAAACACUUUUCAUAAUUAAUGAGAGAAAGUCAAAUGUAAGUGAAAAGGACUGAAAAUGCAAGACUUUCAAUCGCACAUGUAUUAUUUAUAAAGUUUAUCUCUGAUUUGGUUUUUGGGGUGUUUUAUUAUUUAUCAUUUUUGGAAAUUAAAUGGAAAAUGUGCUUA